UUUUUUGGCCAUUGAUGCAUUGCAUUGUUGGAAACCAUAGAAUUACUAUAAAAAGGAAGACAAGCCAAACAACUCAUAGUCAUAAGUACAUUUAGAGAAAAGAAAAUUUUCUUAUACUAGUUUUUCAAGAGAGAUGGAAAAGGAUGCCUAUAGUCUUGCUUCUCAGACAUGUGAUGGUGCAAAUGGUUGUUCUCAAGCUGGAUCCUGUGCCGACAAGAAGCUUAGGUUGUUUGGGUUUGAGCUUAACCCAAGUAAGAACAAUGGGAAUUUCCUGAAAGGUUGUGCUGAAGGUGAUGAAAGUGUAAAUUCAUCAAACACAAUUUCAUCUACCAGGGAGACUCCUUUCAAGGAGAAAAGCUCGACAGGAGAGACUGAUGACAAGAAAUUCGAGUGCCAAUAUUGCUUCAAGGAAUUCGCAAACUCGCAGGCGCUUGGAGGUCAUCAAAAUGCUCACAAGAAAGAGAGAAUGAAGAAAAAAAGGUUGCAGCUUCAAGCCAAGAGAGCCAGCAUCAACUGUUAUCUUCAGCCUUUCCAAAAAAGCCUUGGUUUCAGCUUCCAAGGCUCCUCUCCAUGGUACUAUGAUUCUCCCUGUUACAGUGCUCCUGAGUUCACUAUUUACGAAGAAUCUCAAAUUAGUUUCAACCAAUAUGAACAAAAUGCCCAUCUUAACGGCUCUCAGACAUCAAAAUGGUAUGCUCUGCCAUCUCAAAUGAUCCCUUUCCCACAAGAUUAUUCAUCGAUGUUCACGCUAACACAAGCUGAUAGAUCGAGAGAAAACUGGCCUGCUGUUAGUAUCAAGCCUUCCUCUUUGACUUCAUCAAAGCAAAGCUGUAAAUCCUUGGAUCUUCAAUUAGGCCUCAGCUUGCAAUCUACAAUACAGAGUUCCUCUGGAAGUGGCAUAUAAGCGCAUUUACAUAAAUCAAUUAAAGGUUAACAGUGCCAUGUCUUCUCCAUUGAUAUGAAUUCUUUCUACCUUCUGACCAAAUCCCAGAAUUCAUCACACUCGGCUGCAAAAAACACUUCAGCAACAGCUAGACUGGAACUCGAAAAAGAAACCAAAAUUCAAUCUUUGAGAGAGUAUACAAUUUGCCAAAACUGUUAUAUAUCUCAAUUUUAUGACGAUGGAACGUCAUACAUACACAUGCUGUAUUUACUCUUGUGACACGUAACGAAGCAGAGAGCCACCGGAUUGGAUUUAGAUGCUAGAUCAUCCCUUUCGGGUUGUCAAAAUUCAAAGAAAAAAAAAAGAUUUUCUUCAUUUUUGCUGAUAGUUGUCUAUUUUAUACAGUAAUUUGGCAUCAUACCAUCUUUUUUUUUUUUCUUUGUAGAUUUUCAUAGUUAAAGUUGUUCAUCUUUAUGAUCUAUUGAAGGACACCCAUCGAACUUGCAGAUUACCACUGUCUGGACAAAUAGCCAAGCCAUAUUAAUUAUUACUAAUACUAGAUAAGUUGCGAUGCAACCCUAAUACUCCAAUGAUCAAUUGUCUCUCCUAUACGUUAAGCGGCGAGCAUUUUUUAUAAUACAAGGUGAAAAUGUUGUUAGUUAAUUUCUAUGGUUUUUUGGUUUUCGUUCUUUACCAGCCCACAAACCUUGAUCUUGAACAACAUUCCCACUAACUGGAACCAAUUGUCAUUGGAUUCAUGAACAACGUAUCUCUAGUUGUUUUUGUUAGGAAUGCCUUGGCGUUUGAGGUUUGACUGUUGUUUAAGGCUGGUUAUCUACCCAUUGAAACCAAAGACUAGCUAGCUACCCAAGAUGAACAUCUUUUAAUUGC